AUGCCACGACCGUCAAACGUGUCCGCCCAGGAUGCCGCCGUUCAGCUGGCCCAGGAGGUCGUCACACGCCUGCAAGAUGGCGCGGAGAGCGCCCCACUGCGAAACAUCUCUUCAGCGAAGGGUUCCAACGGUUCCGUGAAGCAGCUUUUCUCUGUGGGAAGCGCCACGGCCAACACCAUCCAUCAGCUCGCCAUGCUGCGGCUCAAGGAGACUGGCUUUCGAGAAGUCAUCUCGCGCAUUCCCAGCAAGCAGAAAGUAUUCAAAGGAGACAUCCAGGCCUUCAGAAGCUGGCAGCAGUUCCUGCAGGACAGGCCAGACCCGCGUGAGGGAGGAUGCUGCUCAAGGCCGGAGCGAAGACGAAUGAAGUUGGCAGACACUGCCAUCAAGGUCAGUGGCGGAGCCGUGCUGCAACCGUCAAGUGACGAUGGGUCACCGCCAGGCGCAUCUUUUGACCCUGGGCGCGGCGGCGAGUCGGAGCCGGCGCGACAACCCCAGCCGCCGCCUGCGAGAUACGAGGCCUCCAUGGAGCAACGCCUGCUGGAGGGGUCGCCUGGAAGUGCAGUUGACAACCCACUGCUGCCGCGCAACAAGAUGAGGCAAGCUGCCCGGGAGAAGCCGAACAAGAUGAAAUUGAUGGCGUCUCCCCAGGACGUGGUCUCCGCCGUGGAUGUGGAGCCUAAGGCGACCCGGGCUGGUUUGGCGUUGGCUCCGGCUCCGGCAACUGCGCCCAAAUCGGUUCUGCGAAGCGGCAAGGAUUUGAACACCAUUGUGGAUGUGGAGCCCGAAACGACCACUGCUGGUGCCAUCGCCGGCGCGGCGACUCCGCAGCCUGCGCCGAAGUCCAUGUCCACCCUGCAGACGGGCAAGGCUUCAGCCGAAGCCAAGGCGGCCGCUGCAGCGAAAGCCACCCUCGCAGCCUCGGAGAGAGCGGAGGAGGAGGUGACGGUGCUAUCGGUCAAGCCGGCGCACGAUCGCCCAUCCAAGUUCCGCAAGGUCACCGAGGAGGUCAAGGGCCAGGCGAGCACCAACGAGAAGGAAGUGGAGUCUGCUGCUCUACCGGCCUCGAAGCGGGUGAAGACUGCUGCAAAGGAGCUUGAGAAAGCGCCUGCUCCAGACGACUCGGAUGCAGAGACGCUGGAGCGGUUCUAUCAGCGGCGACGAAAGGAGGAGGAGGAGGAGCUGUUGCAUCAGCGGCGAAAGGAGGAGGCGGCGGCCACAUCAGCCGAAGCCAAGGCGAGAGCAGAGCUUCAGGACCCCUCUCCGAUCAAGGCGCAGGUGGUGGAGGCCGCGACGGACUCUGCCAAGGAAGCAAGAACGGAGCCUCAGCAGGCUCAGCUGGCACCAAAGGUGGUGAAGGCCCCGACAGACUCUGCCAAGGCAAAGGCGGAUGCCUUCGGGAACUCCGCAGCCCAAGACGACGCACUGGACUCACCCAAACCAGCCCAGGCAUGGGCCCAGAAGAAGUCUGUCCUAGCCCAGGCUCGGAGCAAGCAGACCAUCCAACUUCAAGGCCAAGCCUGGGCUUUGCGACACCAAGGAAAGCGGGCUGCAGCCGCCCGGCUGGAGCGCAAAAUUCGGCGGCUCGCAUCCGAGCUGACCUGCCGCGUGCCCGUGAGAGACAUUAGCUUUACGCAGGAUGGAUGCAGUGAUCGCUUUCGGGAUGGGCGGACCACGCAAGAAACGGUCGACCAGCUGGUGGCAGGCGAGAUCAGCAUCACCGAGCCUUUCUUCCUGCUGGAGUGUGUGGAGACAAGUGAGGGCAUCCACUGCUUCUGCAACCGGCGGCUGCACGUUCUGAAGCGCUUCGCCGAAAUCAAGGGGGAGAACUUCUCUGUGCGAUGCAGAGUGCGAGUCCAGGAUGCCGAGUUUGAGCGCAUCAUCGAAGGCUGCUACAACGGCGCCCGGAGCAAAGCCAGCUUCCGACGCCAGGUCCGGCUGGCCGAGAAGAUCCUCUUCCACCGAGACUCGAAGUACUCCAAGACCAUCCACGUCAGAGAAGGCCGCCGACAAUGGUGGAGGGGGGCGCGCAGAGCGCUUUGGGGAAGGCGUCGGGCGCACGCGAAGUACGCGCGGAGAGCGUCCUACGCGCCGUCCAGAAGGUACUA